UCAAAACGCAGUCCAAAAGCUGGUCCAAAAGCGGACAAGGGGAAACGCGACACGCAAUCGCUUCCAGCCUUUCCCUCUGGCUGCCCUCGGGAGCAACUUGAACGACAUCUUGGCUUUUCCCCACUUCCAGCUUCCCAGAAUCAUCGCCGGCUGCUAGCAUAACUCCUCAUAUACACUCAGUUACCACUCGUUGCGACACUACACUUAUAACCGGUAACCUGCAUUGUUAGUCAAAGGACCCCAAGAUGGCGACACUAGAAGACUUGUCGAAGAACGUGGAGCAGGAGGAGGACAUCAUUGGGCAGGAAAUCCUUAAAGCCAGCACAGACGAAAUAGCAAAUCGGACCAGGCUGCUUGAGAAUGAUAUCAAGGUAAUGAAAAGCGAGCAAAUGCGUAUCUCGCACGAGCAGACUGCGAUGAAGGAGCGGAUCAAGGACAACAAGGAGAAGGUUAAGCUGAAUAAACAGCUUCCGUAUUUGGUGGCCAAUGUCGUUGAGAUUCUGGAUAUGAACCCAGACGAAGAGCCGGAGGAGGACGGAGCUAACGUCGAUCUCGACGCGCACCGCAAGGGCAAAUGUGCAGUAGUAAAGACAUCAACCCGCCAGACGAUUUUCCUGCCGAUGGUUGGUCUGGUCGACUCCAACAAACUGAAGCCUGCGGACCUCGUGGGAGUCAAUAAAGACAGCUACCUGAUUCUGGAUAUGCUUCCUGCCGAAUAUGAUUCGCGUGUCAAAGCCAUGGAAGUUGACGAGAAGCCUACUGAAGAGUUCAACGAUGUCGGUGGUCUGGACAAGCAGAUCGAAGAGAUUGUGGAAGCGAUUAUCUUGCCCAUGACGCAUAAGGAACGGUUUCAGAACCUUGGGAUCAAGCCGCCAAAAGGAUGUCUCAUGUAUGGCCCGCCUGGAACAGGAAAGACGCUGUUGGCAAGAGCAUGUGCCGCACAAACAAAUUCAACUUUCCUGAAACUUGCUGGCCCACAACUCGUUCAGAUGUUCAUCGGUGAUGGAGCCAAGCUUGUUCGCGACGCCUUCGACCUUGCAAAGGAGAAAUCCCCAGCUAUCAUCUUCAUCGAUGAAAUCGACGCCGUGGGCACAAAACGUUUCGAUAGUGAAAAGUCCGGAGACCGUGAAGUCCAACGUACUAUGUUGGAGCUCCUCAACCAGUUGGAUGGUUUCAGCAGUGAUCAGAGUAUCAAGGUCAUCGCCGCGACGAACCGUAUCGACAUCCUCGACCCCGCCCUUCUCCGUUCCGGCCGUCUCGACCGCAAAAUCGAGUUCCCACUGCCAAACGAAGAAGGACGAGCAAACAUCAUGCAGAUCCAUUCGCGUAAAAUGACAGUCUCCAAGGACGUCAACUUCGUUGAGCUUGCGAGGACCUGUGACGAGUUCAAUGGGGCGCAGUGUAAAGCCGUUUGUGUUGAGGCCGGAAUGAUUGCGUUGAGGAGAGGGGCGAGCGAGAUUACGCAUGAGGACUUUAUGGAGGGUAUUCAGGAGGUGCAGGCUAAGAAGAAAACGUCGCUUCAGUAUUACGCCUGAGUGCAAUCUGUAUAUCUACUGUACCACGUCGGGAAAUAUAUACUUGUCUGAGCUGAACUAUACAUGAUAUUCCGCCCGUGUAGUUGGCAGCUAUCUGGAGUAGGCUACCCGUGCUACCCGCAAUGGCCUGCAGACCACGCAGCCAUGCAACAUGGAAGUCGUUCGACGAGUUCGCUCCUGCGCGCGGUGCUUUGUGCGGUGGUAUUACUGGGAGCAGUCCAUCGAAUGAGAAAUACAGAUGUGAAUGACCUCUUCAUUUGCGAC